CACACGUGUUUUGAACCAUGUUGUAUUAUUAUUAUUUUUAUGUAAAAUAAUAAAUAUUAAAUUUGAAUUCCGCUUGCAUUAUUUAUAUUAUUUUACGGUAAAGUGUAGUGGUUUAUAGAUAUUACAAUUUAUACAAAAUGAGAUUUAAUUAUCAGUUUUCCAAUGUCCUGGGAACGGUGUAUAGAAAAGGAAAUAUAACGUUUUCACCAGAUGGUAAUUCUGUUGUAAGUCCAGUCGGAAAUCGUAUAUCCAAGUACGAUUUAAAAAACAAUUUGUCGUCUACCUUACCAGUAGAGAGUUCACACAAUUAUGAGCAGAUCGCUGUAUCUCCAGACGGAACUCUCUUGUUUGCCGUCAACGAAGUCGGAGAAGCAGAUUUGAUUAGCUUAAUUAGCAAUAGAGUUAUCCACAAGUAUCGUUUUAACGAUAAAGUACUUCACAUAAAAUUCAGUCCCAAUGGAAAACAUAUAGCCGCUUGUAAACUGAAUAAAGUUUUCAUACUGCAAACGCCGGGUCACUUCAUUGGCCAGUUUAAUCAGUUUGCGUUGGAACGCGUCUUCAGCGAUUUACUUGGCGAUACAACCUUUGUCGCAUGGACCGACGACUCCCGUAUAUUUGCGGUGGGCAGCAAAGACGCCACAGUCAGGUUGUACACAUUAGAAAAUUACCAUAAUUUUCGUCCUUAUUCGCUAACGGGACAUACGGACUCGAUUGUGAGCGUAUUUUUUGAACAACAUUCUCUAGACCUAAUGGCGCUCAGCAGGAAUGGCCAUUUAACAUUAUGGCACUGUUCGUUGGACUUGGAAGAGUUAACUGACGAAAGCCAAUUAAAAUUGUGUAAAAAAUCAAAAACGGAUGAAGAUAGUGAGGACGAUAUUGAUAUAUCCAAAGGAGAAGAUCAAGAGCGUUUUGUAACCGAGAAAACUGAAAAACCACCAAACACUAAACAGGAACGAAAAUGAAUUAAUAAGUUAUCGAAAUUGUCACGGCAUUAUCUUAACGACCAUUUAAAAGAAGAACAUAGUAAUUUAAAAUUGACCGCAGCUGAUUAUCAUAAAAAAACGAAAGUGCUCAUAACUGGCUUUAACAACGGAUCAUUUUUAAUUUUCGAAACCGUUGGAAUAUCUCUUAUUCAUUCGUUGAAUAUUUCAGACACCAGUAUCAGUACGAUAGCGUUGAACGAAUCCGGUGAUUGGGUCGCGUUAGGCUGUGAAGGGCACGGUCAACUGUUGGUGUGGGAAUGGCAAAGUGAAACGUACGUUAUGAAACAACAAGCUCACGGUUCCGAAAUAUCGUCCUUGACAUACUCGCCAGAUUCGAUGUACAUUGUUACCGGCGGUGAAGACGGAAAAGUGAAAUUGUGGAAUACUCAAACAGGAUUUUGCAUUGUAACGUUUUCCGAACAUACAAGUUCGAUUACAGAUGUCGUAUUUUCAUUAAAUAAAAAAUUUAUUGUGUCCGCAUCGUUGGACGGUACCGUGAGAGCUUUUGAUUUAGUCAGAUAUCGUAACUUCAGAACGUUUGUAUCACCGCGACCAGUGCAGUUUGCUUGUUUAGCCAUUGAUUCUACUGCAGAGUUUGUAGCCGCUGGUGGACAAGAUGUGUUUGAGGCUUAUCUCUGGUCAAUGAAAAUUGGCAGACUUUUAGAAGUUUUAACCGGUCACGAAGGUCCUAUAGUAAGUUUGGCAUUUAGUCCUACGAUGUCCAGUACUACUUUAGUAUCAGCGAGUUGGGAUAAAACAUUACGUAUUUGGAACGCAGUUGAAAAUGCUUCAGACCACGAAACUAUACAGUUAUUUGCUGACGGUUUAUGUGUCACUUUUCGCCCUGACGGCAAAGAAGUAGUAGUGGCCACGCUGGAUGGCCAAUUGUUGUUCUUUGACGUUCGAACAGCGACUCAAAUAGGAAGCAUUGAAGGUAGAAACGACUUGGGUAGUGGCCGAAGUGAUACCGAUCUCAUAACGGCAAAAAAAAAUCUCCAAGCAAAAGCUUUCAAUUCUGUUUGUUAUUCGGCCGAUGGACAAUUUGUUAUAGCUGGCGGCCAAUCAAAAAAUGUUUGUAUUUAUAAUGUCGCCGAAGCGAUUCUCAUUAAGAAGUUUGUCAUUACGCAAAACCAGUCAUUCGAUGCUGUACUCGACAUUAUCAAUCGGCGUAAAAUGACGGAAUUUGGAAACAAAGAUUUAGUCGAACAGAGAGAAUCGAGAGAAGGCGGAAACGUAAAAUUGAAACUACCUGGUGUGCACAAAGGUGAUUUAGCAGCGAGGACAUUCAAACCUGAGAUCAACGUCUUUGACGUUAAGUUUUCUCCUACAGGAUUAUCAUGGGCUGCGGCGACCACAGAAGGUGUUUUGGUGUACUCUCUUGACAGUGGUUUUGUGUUCGAUCCAUUCCAACUGGAAAUCGGUAUUACGCCGACUGCAACUAAAGAAAAAUUAUCUGAAAAAGAAUACGCAACCGCACUGAUGAUGGCGUUACGCCUAAACGAACCCGAGCUAAUUACCGAAGUGCUCGAGUCUGUACCCACAAAAGAUAUCGAUUUAACGGUUCUUUCGUUGCCUAAGCUGUACAUAGAAAAAAUGUUAAAACAUGUAGCCAUUUCGACUGGAACUACACAACACAUAGAAUUUUAUGUCCGCUGGAUAAAGUCGUUAAUAAACUCCCACCAACCUCAUCCAACUGUUAUUUUAAUGUUACACAAAAAUUUAACAAAGAGAUAUACAGAUUUAUCUAAAGUAUGCGAUUUUAACAAAUACACAAGCAUGGUAGUCCAAAGAAUUGCUAGCAUACAAACUACCGAAUCGAAGGACGAAAUUAAAGACGAAAUGGAAGCGAUGGACGUAGAUGAAGUUGUACUGACUGAACACAACGAGAGCUUAUAAUUUUAUUUUUAUUUUAAUGACUAAAGAAAUGUAAAUAAUAAAUUUAUUGUUACGUUCUAAU